AUUCGAUGUGACGGGAAAUCUGAAAAAUUUUACAAAAUUUUUUAGGAACUAAACAAGGCCUAAAGCUUAAACUAGUGCUCCACCUCGCACUCGCCGAGAAGGAAAUCUCCAGCCCAUCCGUGAACCCACAGCACUCGCCCAAACCACAGCGGACAGCCAUGGCCGCCGCCUGCUACUACCCAGCGCGCAUCAUGAUCUCCUGCUCAGCCACCACCACCACCACCUCGUCGUCGCCGUCAGCGCGCCCGCUGCGCGUGGCCGUAGUGGGGGGCGGCCCCGCGGGCGCGUCGGCCGCCGAGGCGCUGGCCUCGGCGGGGGCCCGGACGUUCCUCCUCGAGCGCAGCCCCGCGGGUGCCAAGCCCUGCGGCGGCGCCAUUCCGCUGUGCAUGCUCGACGAGUUCGCCAUCCCGCGGGACCUCGUGGACCGCCGCGUCACCCGGAUGCGCGUCGUCUCCCCCUCCAACCUCGCCGCCGACUUCUCCCGCGCGCUGCCCCCCGGGGCGCACAUCCCCAUGCUCCGCCGCGAGGUGCUCGACUCCUUCCUCCGCCGCCGCGCCGCCGAGGCCGGCGCCGAGCUAGUCCCGGGUCUCGUCACCUCGCUCUCGCUCCCCGCGGGGCCCGCCGACCCCUACCUCGUCCACUACAUCUCGUCCUCCUCCCCAGAGGGCGCGGGGCGGGGGGUGCUGGAGGUGGACGCCAUCGUCGGCGCGGACGGCGCCAACAGCCGCGUGGCGCGCGAGGUCGGGGCCGGGGACUACACGACGGCCAUCGCGUUCCAGGAGCGCAUCCGCCUUCCCGACGCCGCCAUGGGGUACUACGACGACCUCGCCGAGAUGUACGUGGGCGGGGACGUGUCCCCGGACUUCUAUGGCUGGGUGUUCCCCAAGUGCGACCACGUCGCCGUCGGGACGGGGACCGUCGCCGCCAAGCCGGAGAUCAAACGCCUCCAGUCGGGCAUCCGGGCGCGCGCGGGCCCCAAGAUCGCCGGCGGCCGCGUGGUCAAGGUGGAGGCUCACCCGAUCCCGGAGCACCCGCGCCCGCGCCGCGUCGUGGGGCGCGUGGCCCUGGUCGGCGACGCGGCGGGGUACGUCACGCGGUGCUCCGGCGAGGGCAUCUACUUCGCGGCCAAGUCCGGGCGGCUGUGCGGGCAGGCCAUGGCGGAGGAGUGGGCGCGCACGGGCGCCGUGACGGAGGCCGGGCUGAGGCGCGGCUACCUGCGGCGUUGGGACGACGAGUUCCUGCUCAUGUUCCGGUUCCUCGACCUGUUGCAGCGCGUGUUCUACGGCGGGAACGCCGGCCGCGAGGCGCUGGUGGAGAUGUGCGCCGACGAGUACGUGCAGCGGCGGACCUUCGAAAGCUACCUGUACAAGCGGAUGGUGCCCGGCGAGCCGUGGGGCGACCUCCGGCUGCUGUGGCGGACGGUGGCCAGUAUGGUGCGCUGCGGCGUCAUCGGCAGGGAGGUGGAGCGCCUGCGACGCCUGGAGCUGCAAGGCUAGACAGAGGAGCUUUGCUGAAUAAUAAGGCAACUGUGUCCGAUUGACGUUGUCAUUGUUUUCUGAAUGCAUUUUAUACCCUUUCUCAAGCAUUCUGGUGAUUUCUUUGCUUAACUUAUUAUUAUACACGAACGAAUUCAGAACCAAUGUAUUGCAACGGACCAGAACAAUUCCUCUGAAAUUGGUGACGAAUCUCUCUUUGCACA